GCCUUUAGCAUCAUCAAUAUGCUCGGCUGCGGCACUGCCAUGGGCCUAAUGCUUGUGCUGCGAUCCAUAUCCAAGUCGCGAGUGCCACUGUCUGCUGCGUGAUACCCUCCAUGGUUGGCUGCCCGGCCCGUCUCGUACACCUUCAUCUAUGGGCGCUUCGCGUGCAGACUUUGCUCGCCAGGAACCCGCACGCUCAAUAUGGUCAAACCUCCACCACUCACUACGUCAAGAGCCGCGAUGUCUGUCCUCGGCUAAUAUGGCAAGUGCGCUACUUACCCGUCGUAUGCUGUACGGAGCAUCUGUCUGACUCUCACGCGUUGCUCGACGAUCGGUCAUGCGUCUAAGCAACCCCGGUGCGUCAGCCAAUAGCACCUCGACAGUUUCGCCACGCAUUGCACAUGAAAUGACGCCUCGUUAAGCGCGGCCGUUUGUCGGCUGCGACAUGUCUUUGUAUACUCACUGCAAAUGUGGUUUGUAAUAUGCGUGCGCAUCUUGAGCACAAUUCCGUCAGUCCGUCUCGCUGGUUCUCGCGGCGCGUUCCGUUCCCGCUAGCGAUCAGACAAAGACCUAGAACUGCGCCGCAGGCCGUACGGCAUUGUCCUCACAGCUGUGCCGCCCGCUGGACUUCCAAUCCCCUGGAUACCAAGAACGGCUCAGCCCUUGCUCUGGUGCUCACUGAGCUGACGUCUGCUCUCUCUCAG